ACCCGCUCUUGUGGUGUUCACCGCUUGGACAAGAAACACAAAUUUCACAUCGCCCAAUUCGAGUUCGCUAUGGCGGACCUAGAUCUUGAGAUCUUUCAUGACCGGAACUUCCAGGCGGUCGCUGCCCAGGACAUGAAGCUGAAGGACUUCACCAAAACCGUUGACCUGCACGUGCCCGGGUACACCGAGAAGAAGCGGCUGCUGGACGGGCUCAAGGACUUUGCGGGGAAGGUGGAGGCCGCAGAGAACAAGUUGUACAUGGUGAAGGCCGUUGGCAAGGUGAAGGGCAAGAUGGAGAGCGAGGAGCAUGAGCUCAUCAACAAGUACCACAGCCCGGAUUUGAAGGAGAAGGUCCAGACGCUGAGCGCCUCCGUCCAAGAGUUGAUCGACCAGGGCCGUUUGACGGUCGAGGAGCGGCCGGCGCUGCAAGAGCAGCUCGCGGCGCGCAGGGCCAGCGCCAAGGCGCAGGAGAAGGCGAAGUUGGUGGAGAGGCUGGAGCUGAUGCUGGUCAGUGUGGGCAAGGCGCAAGGCAUCGCGCAUCCGGUGGCCCAGCUCGAGGACUUCUACGCCCCGUGCCAGGAGCUGAAAAGCAUCGAGCGCUUGGAGAAAGCGCCGGAGAAGAAUUUGAGCGACUACGAUCGCAAUCGAAUCAAGAAGAAGUCCACGCUGCAAGACGAUGUGCGUCGUCUGGAGAACAAAAGCCGCAUGUGGUUCGAGACCCAUGAGGACUUCCAGCGAAGGUUGCAGAAAGCCCUCAUUGAGCUGGAGAAGCAGAAGGCGGAACAAGCCAAGCAGGAAGCUCGUGAGGCUGAAGAGAGGAAGCGCAGAGAGGAAGAAGAGGCGCUGGAAAGAAAGCGCCAGGCGCUGAAGGAGGCGGAGGAGCGGAAGGCCGCGGAGCUGGAGGCGAAGUUGGAAGCCAAGCGCCAGGAGGCCGCUUUGAAGCCUCAGAAGGCGGCGCCGCAGGCCAAGAAGAAAGAGAAAGUUCAAAGGACCAAGCUGGACCCACACGAAUUCUUCCAACCGCCUCCGCGAGAAGAGGAGGAGGAAGUGGAGGCAGCGGAGGAAGUGGAGGAAGUGGAGGAAGUGGAGGAGAGCCAGCCAAAGGCUGAGGCAGGCCCCACCACACCGCCCGAAGCGAAGAAGGAAGUGCCCAAGGUGGUCGCCACCCCGGAGCCUGUGAAGAAGGUGCCCAAGCCUCCGAAGGUGGUAGAGUCCAAGUGGGGCAAGGUGGAUGGUGCAGAAGUGGAGCUGCCCGAAGAGCUGGCUGGCCCAUCCUUGCAAGAGUCCGUGAAGGAAGCCGUCUCCGCCGCUCCCACGGCUCCCACCAAGACAGCGCCACCUGCGCCGAAGAAGAAGGAGAAGAAGAAGUUCACGAAGCUGGGGGUCAGCGACCUGGGCUUCGACGCCAACAACCCGAACUACCGGUGAGUUGAUUGGAGCAACGUGUCGGAAAAACCCGUUCCGGGCGGCCGGCGGCGAAACCCGCGAUGCCGUGUGCAGGGUUGCUCCAAGC